CUUAUUUUCUUUUAGACGGACAUAUGUUUUUAUUUUUUGAGAGAGUAAAAAAACAAAAAGAAGAGGAGAAGUCACCAUUGUUCGAACUGGAUCGUCUAACGCUUUCCAGAUAUCCUGUUCCUGUGAGGAAGAGCUACCGAGGGCAGCUGACGAGAUUGAGGUGCGGUGACGCAAAACACACAGUAUACGAAAGCAGCCGUGUGGACUACCACUCAGGACUCUGCAUCUCUGUCUAACACUCAUGAGGUUACCUUCCCUUGUCAGCAUUCAGCAGACGGACAGUUGCAGACUUGACCACGUUGGGUGACUUUUUUUGCUUGGUUUACCUCCUCGCGCCCAACUCCCUUCAACCAAAGGUUUUUUUUGUUUUCUGUCUUGUUGGCUCUUGUUUUUAAACGCAACCAUUUUUUCGGGAACGAGGCUGGGAUUUUCCCUCAUAUUAUGCACGUCAAUGGAUACCAGUGGCUCACUGGUUAGCACGCAAGCUGAGGAGCAGUCCUUUCAUGUCCGCUACAGGAUGGAGGUCUCCUGCCUGGAGCUUGCAUUGGAGGGUGAGCGCCUUUGUAAGGUGGGCGACUACAGAGCAGGCGUCUCCUUCUUUGAAGCUGCCAUCCAGGUGGGCACGGAGGACCUGCAGGUGCUCAGUGCCAUCUACAGCCAGCUGGGCAAUGCCUACUUCCACCUGCAUGACUACGCUAAGGCCCUGGAGUUCCACCGGCAUGAUCUCACCUUGACCAGAACAAUUGGUGACCUGCUUGGAGAAGCUAAAGCCAGUGGGAACCUUGGCAACACAUUAAAGGUGCUGGGGCGGUUUGACGAGGCUGUGGUUUGCUGUCAGAGGCACUUGGACAUAGCAAGAGACAUUAGUGACAAGGUGGGUCAGGCGCGAGCUCUGUAUAACUUUGGGAACGUGUACCAUGCCAAAGGCAAAAGUAUCUGCUGGAGUGGAGCUGAGCCUGGAGAUUUCCCAGAGGAGGUCAUGAUGGCACUGAGGAAGGCAGCAGAGUACUAUGAGGCAAACUUGUCGUUAGUGAAGGAGCUUGGGGAUCGUGCUGCUCAGGGUCGAACCUGCGGCAACCUCGGCAACACACACUACUUGUUGGGAAACUUUCGCAAAGCUGUAGCUUCUCACGAGCAGCGCUUGUUCAUAGCGAGGGAAUUUGGCGACCGCUCAGCAGAGAGACGAGCUUACUGCAACCUGGGGAACGCCUAUAUCUUUUUGGGGGAAUUUGAAGUGGCAGCUGAACAUUACAAGAGGACACUGCAGCUGGCGAGGCAGUUGAAGGACCGAGCCGUGGAGGCCCAGGCCUGCUACAGUCUGGGCAACACCUACACGCUUCUCCAGGAUUAUGAGAGAGCGAUAGACUACCACCUCAAACACCUCAUCAUAGCCCAGGACCUCAACGACAGGAUUGGGGAGGGACGUGCAUGCUGGAGUCUUGGAAAUGCUCACACUGCACUUGGGAACCAUGACCAAGCCAUGCACUUUGCUGAGAAACAUCUGGGGAUCUGCAAAGAGACUGGAGACCGGAGCGGGGAGCUGACGGCUCGUAUGAACGUCUCUGAUCUCCAGAUGGUUCUGGGUCUGAGUUAUAGCACAAAUAACUCCACCCUAUCAGAGAACAAGGAGAUAGAUUACAACUUGCAUGGAGCGAGGCCCAGGAUGAGCAGAAGACACAGCAUGGAGAACCUGGAACUGAUGAAACUCACUCCAGACAAGAUGAAUGGUCAGAAGUGGAACAGUGACAUCCUGACUAAACAGUCCAAACCGUCCCUCGCUAAGAGCUCCUCCAAGCUGUUCUUUGUCAGCCGUCUGCGUGGGAAAAAGUACAAGGCUGGUGGCUCCAGUAAGGUCCUCCAGGACACCAGCAACACCCUGGACACCAGCCAGGUGCCUGCACAGGGACCACAGAAGCGCCUCAGUCCUGACAUGCUCGGAGACGAGGGCUUCUUUGACCUGCUGAGCCGUUUCCAAAGCAACCGUAUGGAUGACCAGCGCUGUUCAAUUCAGGAUAAGGGCAGCAGGUUAUCACUGAACAGUGGUCCAGAGUCGCCUCCUAGAGCCAUCAGGAAAUCUGUGUCAGAGUCUGGCAACGUCUCGGGCGUCCACGGCCGCCGGUUAGAGGAGUCGUCAGCAGCAGCAGGAGGAAGCCUCCCCGGCCUCAGGCUGCAUCAGAACAGCAACCAGGCCGUGCUCAGCCACCUGAUGGCCAACGCUGACAAUGCCGAGCCUGACGACGACUUCUUCGAUAUGCUUGUCAAGUGCCAGGGGUCCCGCUUGGAUGACCAGCGCUGCGCCCCUCCCCCUCCUCCGGUCCGAGGCCCGACUGUACCAGACGAGGACUUCUUCAGCCUCAUCAUGCGCUCUCAGGCCAAACGAAUGGACGAGCAACGCGUCACCCUGCCUUCUGCAACAAACAGUACAGCCAGACCCAGCGCCGGCUCCAACUGAACGAAGUACUUAAGGGACAGCCAGGUUUUGUUUGUCUUCUAUCUCAUGAAGGUGUGGACAGCAUUAUAACUGACCAGUGAGUGGUCACUCAGAGGAAAGCCUCAUGUCUCUUUACAUUAGUCCUUUUGGACAAAACAAAGCACUGUCAGCAUUGUAUGUAGUAUACUUUAUGGAAAAAAAAUCUCAAAUUAGCCCGGACUUGUUUUGUAAAACACAGACAAACUGUCAGUAGUAUCAGGGACAAAAGUGUUGUUUUCUUUUUUAAUCCUUGUUUGUCAUUAUUCUGUCCUCCUACAAAUUUCAUUUCACCUUAUGUGUGUUUUUAAAUACACAACUGCAGUUAUGUUUGUAUUUAUUGUCCUUUUUAUGGUUGUUCUGAUUCUGAUAACUGCCGUCCCACCACUCUGAAGUGAUGUGGUUGAUGUGAGUCAGUGUGGACACAGAGGUACAGCACUCUUUUCAUGUGUUUUGUUUAUAUGUGAGGCUUUUUGGGGGCGGGCGGGGGUUAAAAGUUUCAUUAGGCAAAGGGAAAGGUAUUUUAAGCUAACUGAUAAAAGAAUGAAUUUAACCUGUGUACAGCCUUUAUGCUUUUUUGUACUAAAUGUUUCAGUGAGGUCGGAGGAAUAAAGCCUCAUUUGUGUAACCAUCUUGCUUUGACUUUAAAAUGCUCAGUGUAAACUGUUCAUUUUAACAAAGCACAAAAGCAGAUGCAGCUUGUGUAAAAGACACUUUAUUGAACGUACCAGCAGUCAGACUUGGGAUUAAUUUAAGUCACUUUUAAAAACAAGAAUUAGAAAGGCUUAAUGCAAGAGCCACUAGCAUUUCAAAAACAUACUAAUAACUGUACAUACAUAUUAAACACAACUGAAAUAAAUACAUCUAUGUACGUAUUAGUUUGGCCUUAUUUGUUAAAACAAUAUAUACUAUACAUGAACAUAAAAACUUAAAUAUGCAUCUCUGUAAGUAAAUCAAUAUUAGAGGACAAUGUUAAUUGACAAAGUGCGCAUGUAAAAUACAAGAAAAGAAUACAAUGCAUAUGCCCCAAAUACUGAUACUAAAUAAAUAUCAA